CCUCGUCUUCUUCGUUCGUCCUCAGUGCAGGAUAACGCGGUGUUCUCGUUCUCUUCGUUAACAGAAACGACAAGUAAUUCUGACCAGGCAUUACAUUUAUUUAACAUUUAUAUUGAUUUCUUCCGCCCUACCAAACCCGUGAGGAAUUUGCUACUCUGUUCGUAUUUUUAAAAGGUCUCUAAACGUUCAUCAUCUUUGACGACAAUGGAAGUUAUAGUCCGUCGCUGUCCCUUUCUGGCAUGCGUGCCACAGGCUUUUUUCCAGCAGUCCAGGAAAUCCAUGGUGACGUAUGCUCAACGAUGUCCCAUCAUGAUGGAGCUGGCUUCAAAACCUAUGGCUCCAUCAAUGGCACGGGCCCUGUGCUCUUCAACUUCCAAUCAGACGACUGAAAUCAAGACUGGAAAUGCAGUCCCUGUAGUGGGAGUAGAGUCCAAAUUGCCUACUGGUCAUCCUGUGCCAACUACAGGCCAGGCGGUGGCUUCCAAAUGCCCCUUUCUGGCUGCUGAGAUGAAGCAGAAGAACAGCGGUGUGGUCCGCCAGGUUACCAUGGAGUUCCAGGAGGAUGUCGAGGAAGUGCGCACUGUUCAGAAAGAGAUUUCCGCUGCCAAGUUGAAACAGCCAUCCUUGACCGUCACCAGUAAAGUGGGAGAGCAAAGUAAUUUGAUGAAGACUCUCCUGAAGCAGCGUCCCAAGAGGGCCACCCACCUGCUGCAGGACAACUUGCUUGGCAGAAUGUCCCGCUUCCAGUACGAUGACUUUUUUGAGAAGAAGAUAGUAGAGAAGAAGAAUGACCACACAUACAGGGUGUUUAAGACUGUGAACCGCCUGGCCACUGAAUUUCCGAUGGCAGACGACUUCACAGGUUCGCUGGAGGAUAAGCGGGAAGUGUCCGUCUGGUGCAGCAACGACUACCUGGGCAUGAGUCGACACCCUCGAGUCGAAAAGUCCAUCAUGGACACUUUACAAAAGCACGGGUCAGGUGCGGGGGGAACCAGAAACAUAUCUGGGACCAGCAAAUUCCACGUGGAGCUGGAACAAGAGCUGGCUGACCUCCACAACAAGGAUGCUGCUCUGCUCUUCACCUCCUGCUUUGUUGCCAAUGACUCCACACUUUUCACCCUCGCCAAGAUGCUUCCUGGUUGUGAGAUUUACUCGGAUGCAGGCAACCACGCGUCAAUGAUCCAGGGCAUCCGGAACAGUGGUGCUAAGAAGUUUAUUUUCCGCCACAACGACGUGUCUCACCUCAGAGAGCUGUUGGAGAAAGGAGACCCCACCAAACCCAAAAUUGUGGCGUUUGAGACUGUCCACUCCAUGGAUGGUGCCGUGUGCCCCUUGGAGGAGAUGUGCGACCUGGCUCAUGAGUUCGGCGCCAUCACCUUCGUUGACGAGGUUCACGCUGUGGGUCUGUACGGGGCCAGAGGAGGAGGAAUCGGAGACCGGGAUGGCGUAAUGCACAAGAUGGAUAUAAUUUCAGGAACUCUAGGGAAAGCUUUUGGAUGUGUCGGGGGCUACAUCGCCAGCACCUCUGCCCUCGUGGACACUGUGCGCUCCUACGCAGCCGGUUUCAUUUUCACCACCUCCCUGCCCCCGAUGCUUCUGGCCGGGGCCCGCCAGUCGAUCCAGACCCUGAAAGGGGAAGAAGGCCGCAUGCUGAGACGUAAACAUCAGCGCAACGUGCAGCUGCUCAGACAGAUGCUGAUGGACGAAGGGCUGCCUGUUGUGCACUGCCCUAGUCACAUUAUCCCCGUUCGGGUGGCAAACGCUGAGAAAAACACAGAGGUGUGUGACAUCAUGAUGAAUCGCCACAACAUCUAUGUGCAGGCCAUCAACUACCCCACUGUUGCAAGAGGGGAGGAGCUUCUGCGCAUUGCCCCAACCCCUCACCAUACCCCGGAGAUGAUGAAAUACUUUGUUGAGAAGCUGGUGCAAACAUGGAAGGAGUCGGGCCUCGGGCUGAAGCCCCACUCAUCGGCAGAAUGCAACUUCUGCCAGCAGCCGCUGCACUUUGAGCUGAUGAGUGAACGAGAGAAGUCGUACUUCAGUGGCCUCAGUCACCCCAUCUCAGCCCACGCAUAACACUACACACCACUGCUAGCUUAAAAUGGCACAUAAACACUCAUUCCUCUGUCGCUGUCAUAGAAUGUAUUAAUUAUCUUUGAUAUGUCUUAUUACAUGUAAUAUUUAAGAUAUUCUAUCUUCAGAUGUUCUAUAAGCUUCAAAUAAAAUGUUAAAGGAAAA